AUGUAUACGGAAACAGUGAGUCGAAAGAUUGAAGAUGCUACUAUAGCAUACAUGCUGUAUAUAUCUGAAAUUCGAGAACAGGUUCGAAGGGAUGUCCUUGAAAACCCUUUCAGCCUGCUGGCAAAGGCUUGCGGACCAGAUCAUGAUGAAAACAUAGUGUAUUCCGCUGAACGUGUUCUGUCCCACGAAAAAUCGGCUGAAUUGAUGUGGGACCAUUAUGUUCGGUCGUAUAUCCUCCAGGAACUCAAAGAAUGGGAGAGCACGCAUUGGUUUUAUCACGCUAGUUUCGAAAACGGUCAAACUGAGAUCCCUCAAGAUGAUGAUUUUUUCAGAACUGUCGGACUCAUUUGUAAAAAGUACUUUGAUCUCGAAAUUGUAUCGCAUAUCCUCGACCUGAAUCUUCCCUACGCUAAAGCCCAGACCCCACAAAAGCUCAAACACGGCGAAACAACUAGUGCCUGGGCUCAAGCCAUUUGUUUAAGCCGUAUUUUGGUAGGAUAUGCCCGCCGUGGGUCAAUUGAUGCACACUUGGUUGGAAGAGUAAUGUCAAAAAUUACGUCUUUGUUGACGACCGGGUUCAUUCUACCUGAUAACGUCGACGAUCUCACAGAAAUACAAUGGGCCCUCAGUCUCGGUUAUUGUGUGCAACAACGAGAAGUAUGCAAGCUUUGA